ACAUAAUCAUGGGUGGAAAAGUUGAUCCUCUGGUUGUUGGUAGAGUAAUCGGUGAUGUAGUAGACAUGUUCGUGCCCAGUGUAACUAUGUCUGUCCAUUAUGCUAACAAACAUGUCACUAAUGGUUGUGAUAUCAAACCAUCUAUUGCUACCGAACCUCCUAAAAUCACCAUCAGUGGCCAUCCUGAAGAAUUGUACACUCUGGUCAUGACGGACCCGGAUGCUCCAAGUCCAAGUGAACCAACUAUGAGAGAGUGGGUGCAUUGGAUUGUGACAGACAUACCUGGGUGCAGCAAUGUUGCUCGAGGAAAGGAGGUACUUGGGUAUGUUGGGCCACGUCCACCUGUUGGGAUACACAGGUACAUAUUGGUACUGUUUCGACAGAAUGCGCCAAUGCAGGGAAUUUUGCAGCCACCAGUAGCAAGGUCUUAUUUCUGCACUAGGGUGUUUGCGCAUCAGCUUGAUCUGGGUGUUCCAGUCGCAACUGUUUAUUUCAAUGCUCACAAGGAACCAGCAAACCGUAAGCGCUAAGUGAUCG